AUGUGGAGUGACGUUAAAAUCGUCCACGGAAAACCUCGGCAUAGCCAAAGUCAAGGUUCCAUAGAAAGGGCAAACAGAGACGUAGAAGAUAUGCUUGCUACUUGGAUGGCACAAAAUAAUACAAAGGAUUGGCCAAAUGGCUUGAAAUUUAUUCAAUUUCAAAAAAUACAUUACCAUUCAGGUAUUGGUAGAUCACCGUAUGAAGCCAUGUUCGGAUGUCCAGCAAAAGUAGGAUUAGCCUCAAUUUAUAUUCCAACAAAUGAAAUUGAAUUUUUGUGUACUGAGGAGGAUAUUGAAUCAAUUCUACCACAAAAUAGUGAUGAAGACACUGGAAAUAUUUCAAGUCUAAGUGAUGGAUACUGUGAAAAUUAUACUAAAGAUGAAGCAAAACUUGGUCUGUUUUUUGUAUAA